AAAACAAAAUGAAUCAAAACGCGUUUGUGUUUGACUUUUGUCUCACGAGUAUCUCCGUAGUACGUUCGCUGGUGAACUGGCUAAUCAAAUUGCACUGUGACACACCGGAGGCUGCGCUUUAAUCAAUCAGAUGAGGCUGUAUUACCACGUGCGUUUCCGUCUGGCCGCAUGGUCCUCCCAAGCUCACAAAUGCGGUUAAAUUCAAAAGUCUUCGGUUAUUUAUUUAUUUAGUCAUUUAGGUUUAUAUUAAUAGCUCAAAACCAAGUAGUUUUGUAUGUUUAAAUGUUUGUCCAACAUGAUCUUUUGAGGAACUGUAGUGUUUAAUAGGCUGUUUGAGAGCGGACACUGAAGCUGCAGCUCCCGUUGACAUGGAUUUCCCUGCGAGUAAGCGACUGAAGGGCCAUCAGUUGUCAGCUGGACCCGACACGUUUGAUGACGACAUCGAUUUCACCCAGGACGACCUGGCCCAGAUUGACAUCAUUGCAUCACAGGCCAUCACUAGAGACGGUCAGAACAGCGGGUUGAAGAGAACAUUCGGUUCUGUGUUCGCUCUUGACGAGCAGAGCAAAGCACCUGUGAGAUCCAUCCGAAAAGCACUGACCCACGGAGACGAGUGCAGUAGUAGCACUUUAUAUAACGACAAAGAACCACAAAGGAAAGAUGUGUUUGGUGAUGGGCAUUCUGGUAAAGACAAAGAAGAUCUGUACUACAAACAAUUAGAGGAACAACAAGAAGAACUGAAGAAAAAGCUGAAGGAGGUAGAGGAGGAGAUCCUGAUGAAGAACGGCGAGAUCCAGGUGUUGCGAGACUCUCUGAGACUGGCCAGUCAGGAGAAAGAACAGCAGAGACAGAGCCAGCUUACUCUAGAGAAAGAGAAAGCUCACGCUCGGAGUGAACGAGAGAAGGAGCUCUCCAGGAAGGUUCAGUCACUGCAGUCAGAGUUGCACUUUAAAGAAGCCGAGAUGAAUGAAAUGAAAGGGAAACUCAAGAACGUUGAGUGUGGAGGAAAGAUAUGCGGCACACCUGCGCGAAACAACAUCCACGCUCCUGCCGGUCGUGCGUUUAUGACCAGGGAAACCUUCUCAGCCGAGCUCUCCAAGAGAACAUCUCCAAUCAAAAGGCAGUUAUUAGAGGAUGAGAAAUCAGCACAGUCCAAAAGUUCCUCGGUAGAAGAGCCACAUUCAGAAAGAAACCUCAGAUCAGACCCCCAUCAGGAAGGUUGUCCUUUACUAAACUUCCUGCUGCAGCAACCAUUAGAUCCGAGUUCUCUGGGUCUCUGUCACCUGCUGUCAAUCAGUCCUGACGCUCUGCCAAACAUCCUAUCACAGCAUGGCUACGUCAGCCCGGGAUCGUUGCCAACUUCCAGCUCGUCCUCUACUGAACUCCGAGCAUUUCAUCGCCCUCAAGCUCAGUUUCACCAACUGCAGGAUCUUGCUAUGUCUGCACUGACCGCACUAGCUCUCCGACACCCUCCGAAUGUAUUGCGUAACGGCAACACGCCGACUCUUCGACGAAGCUGCACCUCUGCGGUCCACUUCCUCCCUUUACUUGCCUUCCACAUCAGCACAUACUGUCAGUUGCUGGAAUCUGUUGAGAGUUCUGGAAAGACGUCGCUUCAUGGAAGCUCGCUGUCAGGUUCCUCCGACUCCAGCUUAGCCUUGAGUCUUGAAGAAUCGCUCAGCAGUCAAGAAGAGUUUGCAUUGGCCGCCAUGAAAGCUCUUAACCACGUAGUGUGCUACAGCAGUGAAGCUUUGGAGAUGGUGUUAUGCCACUCGGCUGGAGAGAUUUCAGAGCAAUCUGAUGUGAAUCGGCCACAGUGUUCAAAGAAUAUCCUUGGAACUGCAGAACAUCUGAAUGGCGAGAGCCCACACAGGUCCCACACCCAGCUGCCUCUACUGAGGAGGCUUCUGCAGUUGGCAGAUCCGGCGUUCGUUACCGGUGCUGGCCAGAGGGAGGCGGUAGUGAGCACUAGUCUGAGGACUCUGUGUCUGCUGGCUGAGAACGCACCAGAGAACCAGCUGCUGAGACUCAAAGAUGUCAUGUCGAGUCAAGUGUUAACUAAAUGCCUGACUCUGGAGACCUCCUGCAGGAUUGUCCAUCUGUCUGUGAGGUUCCUGUCAUUUAUCGUCUACAAUGAUGAGAUGGCCACUAAACUCUGCUCACAUGAAUAUCCAUGUCCUCUUCUGAGAAUAUUCCAGUACGUCACCUCCAGACCAGAUAAGUUUGUUUCAAAGGACGUGUGGAGUCGUUUGGAACUUGAGCUCAUUCGGUUGUUGGCCAAACUGUUGACGCAGAAGUCUGGCACAUUGGCUGCUCUGUGUGAAUCAUCCUGCCAGUGUAUUAACGAGAUGGUGCGGACGGUGGUGGUGGGUUUACACAAGCAGUGGCUGAAAACGAAAAGGCAACAAAGUCAAACGGCGAGUAAUCGCAUCUGGACGAGUCCUGGAUUCCAGGUACUGAGAGAGUCAUUAAUGCUGCUGCACUGGCUGCUGUUAAACGACUCGUCAUUUUCUGAACACUGCUUGGACGUGCUGUAUAUGUACGAUCAGGUCAUUCCCGCCAUCAGAGACACAUUCCGACUGGUCCCAGAUCUGUCCGAGAGUGAAGAACUGGCUCUAGAAGAGAUUUGCCGAUCUGAAACUGAAUAUGUUGAAGACAUGGACACUGAAACAGGGUCAUAAUGAUAAAAUGUAGUGAAGUCAGAGGUUUGGCAAUGAACUUUGUCUUGUGUUUUUCAUGUCCGCAGAUUUUGCCAUUUUUUCUAAGACUUGAGCACAAAUAUCCUGAAUUAAAGACAAUUAAAUCUGUGUCACUCUUGGGAUUCCAGAAAAUAGAUUUCCAUUGUAAGUGUAUUUCUUAUUCGUUUUCAUAAACUGAGGCAGGAGUCAAAAUCAUUAUCUGUUGUGCUGGAAAAAAGGAGUUUGUGGCAGUUUUAAAAUGUAAAAGAAAUGGCAACGAAUGCAAGAAUAAAGCUGCCACAGCAGUUUUUAAAUGUUAAAACAUAAAGGUUAAUGAAUUUAACUGAAAGCUAAUACUUAGUAACAGGUAUUAAGACGCAGUUUAAUGUAGUAGUUUGUCCCAAUACAUACUAAAAAGUAUGCACUUUCCCAUCAAUGGCAAAGUUUGUAUUUUAAGUGUGUAACAUAAGUAUGCAAUUGGCAUCUAUAACCUCACUUCCUGUACACCUCUGUGUUGGUCAAGGUUGUGGACAAAUGGAGAAUCUCUGACAAAAGUGAGAUAUGAUGUUCGUAUGUACAAAAUUUGACUUCAGAAUAAUGGUUCCAACACUUUUAUUUAAUGUUGCAAACAUAGAGAUGCAUGUAAUAUAAACUUUUGAACAUCAGUUUAACAUUUACACAGUUUAUAAAAACAAUAUCUGACAAUACACCAAAUAAAAACUAAAUAUGGAAGCCCAAAAGUGUCAUAAGCCUUUUGUAACCUUGAGAGACUUUCAUUCGUAAAAGCAAGCAUGUGUUUAUUUUAAAUUUCAAAUAAUCACGAACUCAUGAGGAACAUUUCUAAAACAUGUUGUUGCCUUCCUUUAACAUACCUGAAGUACUUUCCCCUUGCUACUAGUUCCAGGUUUCCCAGUAAGUCUUCUACAACUUUCACCAAAUCAAACAUUUUUCAACUUAAAAAAGUAAGGCUGACAAAGUUAAAUACUCUAAACUUGGGCAAUUAUAUGAUGCAGAAAAUGUUACGUUCACCAUGAUCACGGCAAAACUGUGCGUCAACGUGACCAAACAAAAAUAACAUCUGUUUGUUUUUUAAAUUCUCACAAACACACAAUGGGAAAUCUGUACUUGACAUUAAAGCUUAAUACAGACCUGUAACAAUUACCUCCUUUGGGUUUGGAACGAAAUGAAAGCGAGUAAAUGGUGAACUCUACCAUUACCAUGUAAUUUGCUGCAUAAGCUGCAUUAAAUAAGGCAUAUUCUGGAUCUUUUUACAUGAAGACACAUUAUUACACUUCAGAUGUUAAGGAACAUUCACAGACGCAUAAACCUGAAUAAAAUGUAAAUGGUGAAAAUACAGGCAGAAAAUACAAACAUCUAAACAGCAAGCUGGAAUUACGAUAAUCAUUAAGUUCACCAACCACAUUCCUCCAUAAAGUGUCAAAAACAUGUGUGCAAGUUCUCAGGACAAAAAUGAAGCUAAUGAGCCUCAUAAUUAAGGCGAUUAACGACAUUUAAAGAUGGAAAAGAGUACUGCACUGAAAAAAAGUCUUAAUCUGUAUUUUUGUUGUUUUCCAGUAAAAGUAUCUAAAUAUACUUCAAAUAAAUUAACUUGAGAAGCAAACUUGAGUAAUUUAUUAAAACUUAUUUUCAGACAAUAUAUCUUGAAUUAUUGAAAAAUCAAAUACUUUUGUUAUUACAUUUUUUUUUUUUUAGCAUUAAUCUAACAAAAUUCUGAAAACAAGAUACUGUAUAUUCUCUGAAAACAAGCCUUAAAAUCAUAAAUCAUAAAAGUAAAUAUAUUUAUAUUUUUAAGGAUAUUUAGAUAUUGUUUCUCAAGUAUAUAUAUAUAUAUAUAUAUAUAUAUA